UUCCACCUAUUCUUCCACUUAUCUUCAGAAGCAAAUAUGAUAAAUGCAAUCCGAUUCGGCCGCAGUCCACCGCCGAUCGUGCUCACAUUACCUCUUCCGCCACAGCUCCGCCGUAUAGACGCGCCUGAGCUCCGAUCCCGUCAACGGAUCGGUUUCUCCACCGCACCUGAUCAGAACCCACAGAACAUGGAUGACUCUAAGAACACCGCCAAGCAGACUGGAGAUAUAAUGACUGAUUCGUUCGGGCUAGCGUACGCGUGCCGAAGCGAGUAUGAAGGAUUUGGAGGGAUUUAUAGAUGGAUUAAGUCAACCGAGGAGGGGGCUGAGAAUGAAAAGAAACGUGAAUAUGAUAAAAGCCAAGGGAGCGAAGUGAAGGAGAAGGAGAAGGCUCGACAUCAAACUCACUCCAACUGCUAAGAACAAUGAUCUCGUCUCAUACUCGUUUGUAUUAUGUCAUGUUUUUCUUUGUCAUCUUGUUGUCAUGAGAAGUUAGUUUGUAUAAAAUCUAAAUUUGCAUUUUGUAAAUUAAUUAGAAGAAUAUUGGGUGUGAUAAUAAGGAGUUAGACCACCACACGGGGCGCCGCCACCGGAAUGUUACCGUCGUCGUCGCCACCACCUAUCCCUACCUAUCCCUAGAAGAAGUUGCACAAGUCACUUGCUAGGGGAGGUGCAGGUUGGGUCAGAGUCGACCAUCUUUGUUGUACCAAUUCAAAAGUUGAAGUUUUGUCCAACCCAAAA